AUGGAUGAGGAAAUUAACGAAUUCGACCAGCAGCCCGCGGUCAACGUUUUUGGAAGCACCUCUAACACCACCGGUAUCGUCUACAUUCUUAGUAACGUUGCAAUGCCAGGGUAUAUCAAAAUAGGGUACACCAGUGGGAACAGCUUCAAGGAUCUGCAGGAGAGGAUGAGGCAACUGGACAGCACGGGGGUUCCCCGUUCCUUCGACUGCGAGUACGCCGGCUUGGUAAGCAACUGCGCUCAGGUGGAGAAGGCUAUCCACACGGCUUUCGGAGACUUUCGAGUAAGGCAAAAUCGCGAAUUCUUUGAAGGCGUAGAACCCUUCAGAGUGAAGGCGAUUCUACAACUUCUUGCCACCGAGGAAGUAACGCCAGGUUUGAACAACCAGCAACAUUCAGAAGUCGAAAGUCAGCAAUUUGAAAGCGAACAGCCAACAAGAAGACGGGAAGCAUUUACCUUCUCUAUGGUUGGUAUCCCAAAGGGAGCGGCUUUGGAGUGGGGAGAUGAUCCGGAUAUAAAAUGCCAAGUUGCGAAUGACACUACGGGGGUUACAUAUGAAGGGGAGUAUUAUUCCUUGACCGGCUUGGCUUCAAAACUCAAGAGGUGGAAGCAUAGCCCAACGGCCAUCAGGUACUGGCUCUACGAGGGAGAAACCCUGCUCCAACGCCGCGAGCGGUUGGAACAGGAAGCGUUGGGGGGAGAGGAGUAA